UCAACUCUUUGCUUGUACUAUAAAUACCUGACAUUAAGCUCAUCAAUAACAUCCAAAAAUGAAAUAAACAACUAAUCAAGUACAGAAACUUAAGCCUCUCUCUUCUCUUACUACAUAAUUUAUUACUUUAAACUUCCUUUCAUAGUAAUUUGUUCUGAAUUAUACAAGUGAUAUAUAUGGAGAAUGAGGAUGUUCCAUCAGCUCCUUCCACCCCUGUAACACCGGGGACUCCUGGUGCUCCACUCUUUGGUGGGUUUAAGGGAGACCACAGAGGUGGGUUUAAUAAAAAAUCCCUUCUCAAAAGCUGCAAAUGCUUCAGUGUGGAAGAUUCCAUGGAAGAAGGGAGAUUACCCCCUGUUUCUUGCUCAUUGCCACCUCCUCCUGUCUCACUCACAAGAAAGGUGGGAGCUGAGUUCAUAGGCACUUUUAUACUAAUCUUCGCUGGUACAGCCACUGCUAUUGUGAACCAAAAGACCCAAGGCUCUGAAACUCUGAUUGGCCUGGCCGCCUCAACUGGCCUUGCUGUCAUGAUUGUCAUACUCUCCACUGGCCACAUCUCGGGAGCACAUCUCAAUCCAGCCGUCACCAUUGCCUUUGCUGCACUCAAACACUUUCCUAGGAAACAUGUGCCGGUCUACAUCGGAGCACAAGUAAUGGCGUCAUUGUGUGCUGCAUUUGGGCUAAAAGGAGUGUUUCAUCCGAUGAUGGGAGGGGGAGUGACAGUUCCUUCAGGGGGAUUUGGUCAAGCUUUUGCUCUGGAAUUUAUCAUUAGCUUCAAUCUCAUGUUCGUCGUCACUGCGGUUGCCACCGACACCAGAGCAGUGGGUGAGUUGGCGGGAAUCGCGGUUGGAGCUACUGUCAUGCUCAAUAUUCUCAUCGCCGGACCAAUUACAGGUGCUUCGAUGAAUCCAGUAAGAACAUUGGGACCCGCCAUAGCAGCAAAUAACUACAAAGCUAUAUGGGUGUACUUCACAGCCCCCAUCCUGGGAGCCCUUUGCGGUGCAGGAACCUAUACUGCAGUGAAGCUGCCUGAGGAAGAUGGUGAAAAGCCAUCGACUGUGAGGAGCUUCAGGAGGUAAAUUAGCAUCCAUUCACGACCUCUAUUAUCACAACUUCUUGAGGAGACAUUGCAGUUGCAGAUGACCAGGGGAAUCCACUCUUAAUUUGUGUAACAACACAUUGGCUUCUGGAUAUAAAUAAGUGUAACUCUAUGUAUGUAUCAAUCACGUUACAGAAUAGUCAAGUGUAUAUUGGGGGAAACAAUUGAAAUUAAGAUGAGAAAUCGCACCUCUCCAUAUGUA